CCACCGGUCAAAACUGAAACUAAACGAACAGCGGAGAAGUUUCCACUCUCCCAGAUAAUAGCUUUUGUUUGGAAACAGAUCUGAGACCUUGUUCAUAAGCAGCCCGGCACAGUGGCGAGGUGACUCAUCAGAUUAAGAAAAUCAGAUAGCGUACAAUUAGAGUUUCUUUUCCAGUUAAAUGAAAGUAGAGUUCAGUUUCUGUCAGUUUUGAAAUGAUGUGGCGGUGAUUCACCUGUUGACUCCUCCCGAGCCAGUCGCCACAUGAAGAUAACAACCGCAACACAGCUGCUUUAUGGAAUAUGACUCACAAUUCAACCGGCUCAACAUCACACUGUCUACGAUGGCUCAUAACAUCAUUGUUUUCUUCGACCUGGAGACCACUGGACUAGACACCACAGUGUGUGACAUCAUCCAGGUGGCGGCCAUCUGUGGAGAGAAGGUCUUUAACGUCCACACCCUCCCCCGCCGGGCCCUCACCGAGAGCGCCACACAGGUGACGGGCUUCACCGUCAGUAACGACCGCUUGUUUCUCCGCGGGGCUCCAGUUAACACCAUCCCUCUUGUUGAUGCUCUCACCUCCUUCAUUGACUUCCUGCGCUCCUUCCACCAGCCCGUGCUGCUGGCAGCCCACAAUGCAAAGCGGUUUGAUGCACCUGUGCUCAACAGAGUGCUGCGACAGCUCUCCCUGCAGCAUAAGUUCCAGCAGGUGGUGUCUGGGUACGUGGACACCUUCCUGCUAAGCAAGAACCUCAACCAAGGUUUACGCAGUCAUUCUCAGGAGUACUUGGUCAGCCACUUCCUGGGAAGGACCUACAACGCCCAUAAUGCAGUGGAGGAUGCCAAAAUGCUGCAGGCGCUGUUCAACUCAUGGAAGCCCAAUAACUGGCACAUUUCAAGAGUUACCUUUUCAACCAAAGCAUAUUUUUAAAGGCUACACAAAGCAACAACAAUCAGGCCACUUAAACAAAAAAAAUCAUUUGAAAAUUAAUCUUUUUUUGUCCUUAUUUGUUUGGACAGAGUGAUAUUUUAUACAUUCAGGAGAAAGUGAAAUGAAUAAAUGUCAUGUGAUUGGCAACAAAUAAUGCAUGUUACACCCCCUACUCACAGAUAUGUAAUGCUCAAACUGUAUAAUAAUGUGUAUUGAUGUCUAAUGUACUACUACAAGUUAGUAACAUAUGUCAUAUUCACAAGUGUUGUGUUUUCCCAGUGAAUUGUAGCACAAUUUCCCCACAAUAAACAUUAAACUUCCAUUUGAUUUUUC